AUGGACUCCGACGUAAAGUUAAGGGACGAAAAAGGGUAUUUUGCCAUUUGUAAAAUGAGAAUAAGGGGUAUUGAUGGAAAAGGACAGUGGAGGAUAGUUCAAGGUCAUAAGUCUUUAUGGUUAGAUGUGUUAAAGGCCAGUUACGGCAAUUUGUGUUUGCAAAUUAUUUAUGAUGGAGAUUCUUUCAAGCUUGCUUCUUCUUCUUUUUGGUGGAGAGAUAUUUUAAAGGUUAGUAUUGUGUCUUCUAAUCCUUUAAAUAUUGAUCCCAUUGUUUCGAAUUGCAAUUUCAUUGUUGGAAAUGGUUUUAAUACCCCUUUUUGGGAGUCUUGUUGGUGGAAUAAUUGUAUUUUAAAGGAGGCUUUUCCAGAUCUUUUUUUGGCUUCUUCUUUAAAAAAAGUUUCGGUAGCGGUUGUGGGAGAGUGGAAUAAUGGGUGUUGGAAAUGGGAGGAUCUUGGUAUUUCGGUUGUGGGAAGGGAUGCAAUCUUUUUGAAUUCUUUUUCGGUGUUGAAAGAUAGUUUGGACUCUUUCGGUGGCUUAAAUAAUUCGAAGGAUUAUGCGGUUUGGUUGUUGGAUUUGGAGAAAGGAUAUACGGUUGCUUCUUGUUAUGGUUUGUAUGCUUCUAGGCGUAUCCCUUACGGUCCUCCGAUCAAGGGGGAUGAGGCCUUCAAUUUGAUUUGGAAAGCGGAUGUUCCGUUUAAGAUUAAAGCGUUUGUUUGGAGGCUCUUUUUGAAUAGGUUACCUACUAAAGAUUUAUUGGUGUAUAGAGGUAUUGCUAUUACUCAUUCUAAUUUAAAUUGUACUUUUUGUGAAGCUCAUGUGGAAGAGGCGGAUCAUUUGUUUUCUAAAUGCUUUGUGAUUAAGUUGGUUUGGAAAGAAAUUGCUUCGUGGGUGGGUUUUACGGGUUGGGAGGAGGAAGAAUGUGUUCCUUUUUUUGUGAAAUGGCAUUCUUUGAGCCGAGGUAAAAAGAUUAAAAGCGGCAAACUGGGGGUGUUAUGGUUAGCCAUACUUGGAUAA